AUGGGGGAGACUUACGAGGAGAAAGACAAAGGCCUAGGCCUUAUCACUGGCAUCACACAGGAACUGACAUCAUCAUGCCAGCGACACCCAGAUGACAUUCUGGCAUUUUGGAAAAACUCUAUGGUAAAACUGGCUUCUACCAUGGUUUCCCCCCAAAUAUCAGAGCACUGCCUGGAUGUUGCUGGCCUGGAACGCAACGGCUACAACGACCGGCUCCCUCUCACGCCCUCGCCUUUUCCUUCUCCGGUCCCCCUCGCGCCGCCCAGGCCUCUCUCUCUCUCUCUCGCUCGCUCCGUCGCCCCCAAGCGGCCGGAGGCCUCCGCCGAGCCUCCCCGCCGCGUUUCUUUUUUUCCUUCCCCCUCCCCUCCCCCUGCUUCUUUCGCGGCCGCUGUCUCGCUCUCCCUCUCUCUCUCCGCGCGCCGCUCGCGCCCUUCUUCGCAGUCCAUCAGGCGAAGCAGCAGCCCGCCGCGCGAGCGUGGCGGAGCCCCGGCGGCGGGCGGCGCUUCGCGCCCCCUGCCGCCGCCGGCGGCUGCUCUGGGCGGCUUGUGUGGGGAGGGAGAGAGAGAGAGCGAGAGGAGAGGGAAACAGGGGGAAGCCGCUUCUGCCACCCCCAAAAACCGGCUGCCCCGGAACCCGCCGCUCUCCCGACGACGGGGUGCUUCUCUGCUUCCCCCGCUCGCCUCCCUGACGGGGCCCUGUGAGGAUGGCGGCCCCAGAGGCGGCGGCGGCGGCGGCGCCGAGCCAGCUCGAAGCCGGUGGGUCUCCCUCUCUCCUCAGCGCCGCUUCCCCUCGCCCGACCCCUGCCUCUUUAACCUGCCUUUUCUCCUUCCAGAGCUCUACUUCCUCAUCGUCCGCUUCCUGCAGUCCGGACCGUGUCAGAAAGCCGCCCAGAUGCUGGUGGAGGAGCUGGAAGAGCACCAGUUGAUCCCAAGACGCCUCGAUUGGCUGGGCAAGGAACACCAAAGAAGCUUUGCGGAUAUGGUGGCAGCUAAUGCGCACAUCCCUCCGGACCACCUUCUUAGAAUUUGUGAACGGGUCGGACCAUUGUUGGAGAAGGAGAUCCCGCCAAGCGUACUUGGUGUGAAGAGUUUACUGGGAGUGGGACGGCAGUCUUUGCUAAGGGCUGCAGAAGACUGCAGACCCACAGCACGGAAAGGCUCAGCUUUUGGAGCUCUGCACAGAGGCCGGCCUCUCAAACUACCUGUGAACCACAGGAAACCGCCAAAUAUGGUCAAUGUCAUUUGUGCCAGACCUAUAACUGCAUAUGGGCGUUUCAACCAUAUGUUCCCAACAUCGUUGUACCAGCACAUCAAAAUGCACAAUAUGAUUCUCGGACACUUAUCAUCUGUGUAUUGUGUUGCAUUUGAUCGCAGCGGGCGGCGAAUUUUCACAGGCUCUGAUGAUUGCUUGGUGAAAAUCUGGGCUACGGCUGAUGGGCGUCUGCUUUCAACACUCCGAGGACAUUCGUCCGAAAUCUCCGAUAUAGUUGUUAACUAUGAAAAUACACUGCUCGCUACGGGCAGCUGCGACGGUGUGAUCCGAGUCUGGUGCCUUCAAACUUGUGCGCCUGUCGCGGUGCUGCUGGACCACUCAGCUUCCAUUACUUCCAUACAGUUUUCUCCAGCGAGAAACGGAACAACAGGAUACCUCACUUCUACUGGUGCUGACGGAAUGAUCUGCUUCCGGCAAUGGAAUUCGAAAACAAUGAAAUUUAUGGAGCAGUCAGUUAAAUUUGAUGAAAGAUCAAGACCUGGCAUUCAGAUAAUUUGUGCAUCUCUCAGCUCAGGUGGCAUGUUUAUUGCAACAGGGAGCACUGACCACGUGAUAAGACUGUAUUACUUGGGCUCUGAAUCGCCAGAGAAAAUCGCUGAGUUAGAAUCUCAUACGGACAGAGUAGUUGCUGUUCAGUUCUGCAACAGUGGAGACAGACUGCGGUUUGUCAGUGGAAGCAGAGAUGGCACAGCGAGAAUAUGGCAAUACCAACAGCAGGAAUGGAAGAGUAUAGUGUUGCACAUGGCUACAAAGAUGACUGGGAAUGGUGUCGCACCUGUGGAAGACAAAGUGCCUAAGCUGAGGGUGAUCAUGGCAGCUUGGGAUCGAUCAGAUACCUUGGUGAUCACAGUAGUCCACACCUUCCUCUUGAAAGUAUGGAAUUCUUCUACAGGGCAGCUCCUUCACAACUUAUCCGGCCACAACGACGAAGUGUUCGUUUUGGAAGCUCACCCAUUUGACCAAAGGAUCAUGCUCUCGGCAGGCCAUGAUGGGAAUGUUUUCAUUUGGGACCUCGAAAAAGGAACAAAAAUUUGCAGUUACUUCAACAUGAUUGAAGGCCAGGGGCAUGGAGCAGUCUUAGACUGCAGAUUCUCCCCCAGUGGGCAGCAUUUAGCUUGCACAGAUGCACAUGGGCACCUGCUGCUAUUUGGUUUUGGAUUCAAUGCAUCGUUCGGAAAGAUUCCUAAUCAGAUGUUCUUCCACACCGAUUAUCGCCCCCUGAUCCGUGAUUCUAAUAGCUAUGUGCUGGAUGAACAAACUCAGCAAGCCCCACAUCUCAUGCCUCCCCCCUUCCUGGUAGAUAUGGAUGGAAACCCCUACUCAGCAAUAUACCAAAGGCUUGUUCCAGGGAGGGAGAACUGUAGAGAUGAACAGCUCAUUCCUCAUCUGGGAUAUAUAGCGAUUGGUGAUGGAGAGGUGGUGGUCCAAGUGAUUGGGCAGCAGGCCGAAUACCAGGAUGAGAAUGGAACGGUCAGAGAGUCGCAACGAGAAGAAGAUGCAAGGAGGCUGAGCGAAAGUGAAGUCCCUUCAAAUCCAAGCAGACCCCAGCCUGUUAGCAGUAAGGCUUAAGUCUUGAGUUUGGAUCUUGCUUCCUUGCCAGAUGUCGGGCUUAGACGGAGCGGCCAGAUUGUCCCGAGAAUUCAGAUAGCCACCGAGAGACAUCCCAUGCCGUGGAGCAGGAGAGUGGUGGUGAAUGAACUGCCUCCUGGAGUUAGAAGAGUUCAUAAAGAAAUACAAGCUGCCAAAGUUAAUCUAGAAAUCCGUCAGUACACAUCUGAAAAGAAGAGGGAGCCUCCCCCCACAUUGCCAAUGAGUAAUAUGCCUAGGUGUGGAAGAAACUUGCGACGUAAACCACGCAAGCACCAGCACGCUUAUGAGACGCGGUCCACCAUGGAACAGACUCCCCAAAGAACAAUUUUGCAGAUCCAUGAGGAGUUGGAAAGCUCCUCUGAGGAAGACAACACAGGUGAGACAACAAGUUCGCCUGGGGAGGAGAACGCGGAAUCACAGAGCGCAAGCAGUUCCAGUGAUUCAUCCAGUGAAUAUUCGGACUGGACUGCAGAUGCUGGCAUCAGCCUCCAGCCUCAAAAACGGGAGACCAGACGAGCUGCUCACAGAAUCUUUAGCAGUUCUGAAGAUGAGCACAAGGAAGAAAAGGGCAGAAGGACAAAGAAAAAGGAAGAACCGACAGAAGAAUCAUUUGCUCCCCAAUGGAUUCUGGACACCAUCCCGCGACGGUCACCUUAUGUCCCGCAAAUGGGAGACAAGAUUGUCUAUUUGAAACAAGGGCACGAAGCAUACGUCCGUGCCGUACAGACGAGGAUUUAUAGCGUCAACUUGAAAAAGCAGCCAUGUAUGGAGCUCAGGGAACAAGAAUUUGCAAAAAUUGUGGGCAUUAAAUAUGAAGUUGGGCCACCAACCCUUUGCUGCUUAAAGCUUGAUCUGGAUCCUAUCAUAGGCAAACUGACGGGCGAUUCCUUUUCCAUCAAGUACCACGAUAUGCCAGAUGUCAUCGAUUUCCUUGUGUUGAGUCAGUUUUACAACGAAGCCAAAGAAAGGAACUGGCAGAUUGGUGAAAGAUUCAGAAGUGUCAUCGACGACGCCUGGUGGUUCGGCACGAUAGAGAGCCAGCAGCCGUUCGAGCCAGAGUACCCAGACAGCAUGUUCCAGUGCUACAGUGUUCGCUGGGACAACAACGAAAAAGAAAAAAUGAGCCCCUGGGAUAUGGAGCCAGUUCCAGAAGGAGCUGCUUAUCCAGAGGAGGUUGGAGCUGGGAUCCCUGUGACAAGAGAGGAGCUGGCCUCUCUGCUGUACAAGCCCCAGGAAGGCGAAUGGGGGACCCAUUCUCGAGACGAAGAAUGUGUGCGGAUCCUUCGAGGCAUCGAUCAACUGUUGUGCCUAGAUAUUUCUAAUCCCUUUGCUGUCCCGGUGGACCUUAGUGCCUAUCCUCGCUACUGCUCUGUGGUUGCUUAUCCAACUGACCUCACCACAAUCAGGAGAAGACUUGAAAACAGAUUUUACAGGCGAAUAUCAGCAUUAAUCUGGGAGGUACGACUCCUGGAAGAAAACACGAGGACUUUCAAUAAACCUGAAAGUCCUCUAAUUAAGGCAGCUGUGAUAAUCACAAAUGUCUUACUCCGCUUUAUCAGUGAUCAGAGUAGCACAGAUAUUCUUGAAAAAUACAGCAAAAUAAAGGCAGAAUAUCUGAGGAGCUCAAAUGAGGAAGAGGAGCAUGAUCCUAGCAAUCCUAGUAAUCCUAAAACCGUUGUUUCCCAGCAGAAGUCAGAAGUGCUGCAGAGCAGGAGGUCGCAGCUGCGGUAUCAAAAAAGACUACGGAGCAGCAGUAGCAGUAGCAGCAGUUCUUCCUCCGGCAGCAGGGCACCCAGCCCCAAAAGAAAACAAAGGCCGCUGAAGAACACCUCACUGCCUUCAUCUUAUGAUCAGUCUCCUGAUAAGCCCCUCACAAAUGGCGAUAGGAGGAAACCACGGGCAGCGGUCAAGAGAAGGCUCUCAAGUACAUCAGAAGAGAAUGAGCCCACCGGGAAGGAAGGAAGCGGGAAUUCAGAAGUGAGUUCAAGUGGCUCCGAUUCAGACUCUGAAUCCAGCUGUAGAACAGACCACGACUACAGCAAGUCCUUAAAAGUGCGACCAAGGAGGAAGCUUCAGCGGAGCAUCUCCAGUGAGCGACGCACUUGGCGAGGCAGAGGGAGGGGGAGGAGAGGGCGAUGGGGCUGGUGGGGCAGGAGAAGCAGAGGGGGGCGAGGCGGCAGAGGCGGUAGAGGCGGACGAAGCUGCAGCCGAGGAAGGCGAGGCAGACGGGGAGGAAGAAGAGGACGAGGGAGAGGAGCCCCCAGAGGCCCUUCCAGAGCCAACAGGCCACGUGUCGCCUACGAGUUUGAGAACUUUUUGGGUGGGUGUUCAGGGGAGAACACAUCUGGCGGGCAGUUUGGCCGGCCCCUUCAAAUUAAGACCAGGAACGAAGGCAGGCGGACUGUUUCGUACAACGAUGACUCGGACAACGACACCUUUGCGCACACUGGGGAUCCCCUGAGCCUUGGUACUUCCAGGUCAGGCAGGGUACGAAAAAUGACUGAAAAGGCCAGGGUCAGCCACCUCAUGGGAUGGAACUGCUGAACAGCAGGGAAUCCAUCAACGUGAA